ACCCUACAAACUAUUCUGGUUGUUCGUCUGCGUCUGAAUUAAAACAAGAUUCUGAGAAAGUUCUUUCUGAGAAUGUAUACGUUCCAGUGACCAUGUGUGAAUAGCUCUUUUCCUGGGCGGGUUUUGUAAAACCACCGAAAUUCUAUAUCUAAAUUACAAUGAAUCAGCUUAAAUCUAGAGACUGUUGGCUACAAUUCUCAGAGCGCUCUCCAAACAAUUAAAUACAGUUAGCACAGGAACUUCGCAAGAAGCAUUUGGAACAGAGAGAAACUGCCAAGCGUGUACCCACAGCUGAAGCUGGCAACCCCGCUGAGAGCCACAAGAGACGCCCAUGCCAGGUUGGCAAGUGCAAUAAAAAUAUUUGGAACAGCUUUGCCCUGUGCAGAAAAGCGGGGUGGAGAAGCGCAUUAUCUGUGUUGAUAUUGAACAGCCUUAGACUCAAGACCACCUGAUCGUCAUCUGCUGUGAUCACAACAAUGUUAUGGUUUCAAAAACUACUGCUGCAGUGUGCUUUUCUAGAAGGACUAGACGGCAUGGUAAACAUUCUGACUGUGAUAUGUUUCUCCUUUGUAUACAAUACUCGAAACUGGGCAAAAAUACCAACACAUGUAUCAGCACUGAAAGGGUCCUGUGUCGUUAUACCGUGUUUAUUUAACUUUUCUCGUUUUGACGAAUAUGCUAAAGACGUGCUUGGCAUGUGGCAAUAUGAGAAUUUUGGAAAAUACAUAAAUCACCCUAACCCUUUGGAAGUAGUGAGCAAUUUUAAGGGACGUACAGACCUGAUUGGAGAUUUGCAAAAGCAUAAUUGCACUCUGAAGAUUGAUGCAGUGAAAGUCGACGACACUGGUCCAUUUUGUUUUAGAUUCGAAGUUCCAGAGAUUGAUCGGGCAUCAUAUAUAAAUCAUAUGGUAUUGAUCCACGUUAAAGAUUCUCCAGAUGUACCCUCAAUAAAUCGCUUGUCAGAUGUCAAAGCCGGGAUUGAUUUAGCUGUGACUUGCUCGGUUCCUCACACUUGCCCAUCAAACCCGCCUGCUAUUACCUGGAGCCGCACCAAUGCCACUUUGACAGUUCACCACAAAGCAACAGGGAAUGCAAUGUGGGAAGUGUCUUCAGUCCUCAAAUUCAUACCAUUAGCGAGUGACCACAUGAAUCGCCUGACAUGCACUGCCCAAUACUGGGGAGGACAGCAAGCAAAUAUCUCUGUCUUGUUAAAUGUCAAAUACAAGCCAGCGAUUCUGUCGGAAUCAGCCUGCACCGUUGACAUCACAGGACAGGUGACUUGUCAGUGCAUCGUGGAUUCCAACCCCCCACCUUUGAUUGAGUGGCGUGUUUCUGACAGCAUCCUGAAUGAGUCUAACACCGGUCUGAAAUCGUUUUCCGUUAAUAACAGCAGAGGAGAGCAGAACACAGUCACAAUAGGAGUUCUGCAGGGAGGGGUGGCCUUCACAGCAAACAUCUUCUGCUCUGCCACCAACACCCUGGGGAAAGCCUCACUGUCAUUCACACGUCCAAUGAGUGAUCUCUUCAUAUACAUAACAAUCUCUGUUGUGGCUGCUGUGUUGAUUAUAGCUAUUGUGGCUGCAGUGAGACGACUGAGAAUAAAGAGAAGCGAGAGGAAACAACAAGCCCCGGAAAUUGCUUUCAGAAAUAAUUAUGGAAAUACUCAGGGUGAUAUCGCUAAUGAUAUUUAUCAAAAUGCUCAGCUGGAAACAAAAUCUGGAACCCCAGAUGGUUUCACUAAUGAUGUUUAUGCAAAUGUUCAGGCAUUUAAAGUAGUUGAAGACAUUUACGAGAAUGUAGACGCCAACAUUGGACCAUACAAGGACUACAGAACGAAUCGCCACAAAUAGAAUCCGCGUAGCUGGAACAACAGUGUGAAAACAAACAGAAUAUCGACUAACCAGAAGAGGAUUCGAUUCAUAUUCUUUUGAGUUGAUGUUUUCUAUCAUAGUGAAUAUUUCUGCUAUUGUAAGGUGAUAAUCUAAUUACUAUUGCAGCUGCAACCAUAAGUAUUAUCUGAUUUGGUGUCCACCAAUUUGAACUAUUUAGUUGUGACAGCUUUUAACUCAAACCUUUACAGGGCCUAGCAAAACCUUUAAACAGCUGUAGCAUUCUGUCAUGUGAUUUCCAGUGUUGUUGUAUUAUUUUCUAUUUGAUUGUGCUGGCCAGCAUUAACUGUCCUUUGUAUCUGUGACUGAUUUGAAAAAAAGCUUAUGGUGUGAUUUUUUACUAAUACUUAUACUAAUAUAUCUGUACAUAAUAAUGUUAAACCCUGUAAUGUAUAAUAUAAAGGGGUGGCUAAGCUAUUGUAUGUGAUACAGAAAUGAGCAUUACUGGGUUAAUGCAUUACUGGGUUAAUGUAAUGUAAUGUAUAAUGUAUUACUGUUUUAAUAAAUGGGGGGAAGAGUGA